AUGAACAAUUUAAAUACCACUGCCAGCUACCUCACCGAUAUCACGUUCCGGUCAAUUCAUUCAGAAUUUAAAAAAUCACUGACUUGCUUUGUUGUUAAAGAAAUAACCGAUCUCGUACCCAACGAACCGGUUCCGAGGAACCGACUAAAUAUUCCGAAGCAACUCAAAUUAGCAGAUCCACAUUUUGAAAAACCAGCAUCCGUAGACAUGCUAAUCGGAUCCGGUCCCACUUUAUCAAUACUCUGCCCCGGACAACUAAAGAUACUCAACAACGAUAAUCUAAUUUUACAAAAAACCAAACUCGGCUGGAUCCUGGGCGGAAAUCUAGAAUCAACUUACUUAUCGAAAUCGUCUCGUUGCCUUGUCACUAGUUUACCUUUCGACUUAGAGCGAUUUUGGAGAUUAGAGGAGAAGCUCGACGAGGAACGCACAUUGUCAAAGGACGAGUUAUAUUGUGAAGAACACUUCAUAACUCACGUAAAACGCAGUAAAGAUGGCAGAUACAUCGUCGCAUUGCCGUUCGAUAAGAUGAAGGGUAAAUUAGGCAAUUCCAAGCAAACGGCGUUGAAACAACUAUUAUAUUUGAGAAAAAGAUUUCAACGAGAUCACGAGUACAAACGCGAAUAUACAAAGGUCAUCGAAGAAUAUCUAAAAUUAGGCCACAUGACCCUCGUAGAGACCAUCGGAGACGACGGAUUUUAUUUGCCACACCACGGAGUUCCUAAACUCGAUAGUCUGACAACGAUGCUGCGAGUAGUUUUCAACGCGUCGGUGACACCCUCAGAUGGCGGAUGCUCACUUAACGACUGCCUACUCGUUGGCCCUACUAUUCAAGACGAUUUAAUCACUCUCCUACUACGAUUUCGAACGCACACGUAUGUAAUCUUAGCUGACAUCGAAAAAAUGUAUCGACAAUUUCUCGUUCGAGACAGCGAUAGGAAAUAUCAGAAAAUCUUGUGGUUUGUAAACGACGAGAUUAGAGAAUUUGUGCUCAACACAGUAACAUUCGGAGUAGCAGCCGCACCCUUUUUGGCUAUUCGAUGCCUACAUCAACUCGCGGACGAUGAACAAGAACGAUUUCCACUCGCCGCCAAAAUAUUAAAGAGAGACAUGUACGUCGAUAACAUGUUAACGGGAACGAAUUCCGUCGAAGAAGCCCGAUCAAUUUGUACGCAAAUGACGCAAGUCCUAAGGACCGCCGGUAUGAACAUGCGACAGUGGGCAACAAAUGAUCCAAAUAUAUUAAACGACAUCGAGUCAAAAAAUUUGGACGCUAAUUUCGACUUGAGCAACGACAACACCCUUAAAACACUAGGCAUUCGCUGGCGCGCCAAAACGGACUCUUUCGUAUACAAAAUUAAACCCAUAUCGGUCACUGAGAGAUUCACCAAAAGAAAAAUAUUGUCCGAAAUAGCAAAAAUCUUCGAUCCCCUUGGACUACUAGGACCAAUUAUCCUCUUUGCAAAAAAAAUCAUGCAAGACAUCUGGAAAGCCAAAAUCGACUGGGAUGAAACAGUACCGAAUGACAUAUACUAUCAAUGGAAUGAGUUUUGUCUACAAUUAAGCUGCCUACCAGACAUGUCAUUCAAUCGACACAUUUUGACAAACGACGCCAAUGAAAUACAAAUUCACGGCGAAACUGGAUACGGUGCAUGCAUCUAUAUGAGAUCAAAGGACACAUUUGGCAAUUAUAAAAUCACCCUAAUCUGUUCAAAAUCACGCGUCGCGCCAGUAAAAACACGGUCAUUUCAUUCGUUCGUCAAACGAUUUUCUCAACAACGAGAUAUGGCUACACGGCCCUCCAUGGCUACAACAAAACGAAACUGA